GCAGUGAGUGGAGCAGAUCUGACGGACUCUGCCUGGAUCAGCUGUGGAAAGUGAAUGGGGACAGCGACAUGUCACUGAGAGCGGAAUAAUCGCCGAAACGCCGAUAUUUGAACGGGUUCUUCCACCGAGCCUCGCAAGACUGAAAAGAGCGUCUAGGUUCCCGACAGAAUAGCUUUUGAGACAUCGAUUAAGUUGGCGUUUAUGGGAGAAAUAUCGAUUAGACACCGCUGAGGCGACCCUGUCACUGGAUGGACGACAGAGACCUUGAAGACAGCCGUUUGUCCGCGUUUCUCUCACGAAUCCUCUUGCUUUCUGACUGAUAACAACACAGACCGCGCGAAUAUCAGUUUUAGACUGAUUUUAUUUGGGAAGAUAUGGAAAAAGACGAGGAAAACCCUUCAAAAUGAAAACAUGAAGUCGUCAUUAAUGCGGAUUUAAAUGUCUCGCGCUGAGGGUAACGUUAACGGACGCGCGUUUCCUCCUCCUCACGAUCUCCAAGCUGCUGCAUUUCUUGCUCAAAAAUAUUAAUCACACUAUCAAGACGUGGAUAGAAAAACAGAGAAGUAAGGAGAGGGUUAUUUGAAGAAAUAUGGCUGAUGGCUGGGGCUGGGGGCGCAGGCAGGAGCUCUCCAAAGCUUAAUCUCAAUGCUAGUUGUGGCAGACGGCAACGGAUCCUAUGGCAGCAGCUCUAGAAUGAGCAGUAAUAUCAAUCUGAAUAAAAACAAGGACACUUCUGUCUCUAUAUCGAAGAUGGACCUGAUCAUCCCUUUCUCGCCAGACGUACCCUGUGACAACAAUGGUCAGCGCAUGUGGUGGGCUUUCCUCGCCUCAUCCAUGGUGACGUUCUUCGGGGGUCUCUUCAUCAUCCUCCUGUGGAGGACCCUUAAUUACCUGUGGACGGUCUGCUGCCAUUGCAACAUCAAACACAAGGAGGCACAGAAGGUGAAUAACCCUAUGAGCAGUCAGGCUGAUGGCCCACCGAAGAACCUGAAUGAUAAAGAUGACGCCCCAGCCAGCGAGGUGGGGUGGAUGACCUCAGUCAAAGACUGGGCAGGGGUCAUGAUCUCAGCACAGACCCUUACCGGCAGAGUUCUGGUGGUGUUGGUCUUUGCACUCAGCAUCGGAGCUCUGGGAAUAUACUUCAUAGAUUCUUCGGAUCCUAUAGAAUCCUGUCAGAAUUUCUACAAAGACUUCACGUUACAAAUUGACAUGGCAUUCAACGUGUUCUUCUUACUCUACUUUGGUCUGCGCUUCAUAGCAGCCAAUGAUAAGCUGUGGUUCUGGUUGGAGGUGAACUCAGUGGUGGACUUCUUCACAGUGCCGCCUGUGUUUGUGUCAGUGUAUCUGAACAGGAGCUGGCUGGGUCUGAGGUUUCUAAGAGCCUUGAGAUUGAUACAGUUCUCAGAAAUUUUACAGUUUUUGAAUAUCUUAAAAACGAGUAAUUCCAUCAAGCUGGUGAACCUGUGUUCCAUCUUCAUAAGCACAUGGCUCACUGCUGCAGGAUUCAUUCAUCUGGUGGAAAACUCAGGGGAUCCAUGGGAAAACUUCCAAAACUCUCAGCCGCUCUCAUAUUGGGAAUGUGUGUACUUAUUAAUGGUCACUAUGUCCACGGUGGGAUAUGGAGACGUCUAUGCAAGAACCACUCUUGGACGCCUUUUCAUGGUCUUCUUCAUUCUCGGUGGUCUGGCCAUGUUUGCCAGCUACGUCCCUGAAAUCAUAGAGUUAAUAGGAAACCGCAAGAAAUAUGGUGGUUCCUAUAGUGCGGUAAAUGGCAGAAAGCACAUUGUGGUCUGUGGUCAUAUCACGCUCGAAAGUGUUUCCAACUUCCUUAAAGACUUCCUACACAAGGACAGGGAUGAUGUCAAUGUAGAAAUUGUUUUUCUUCAUAAUAUUUCCCCUAAUCUUGAGCUGGAAGCCUUGUUCAAACGUCACUUCACUCAGGUGGAAUUCUAUCAAGGAUCGGUCCUCAACCCGCAUGAUCUAGCAAGAGUAAAGAUCGAGUCAGCGGACGCCUGCUUGAUUCUUGCAAACAAAUACUGUGCAGACCCCGAUGCUGAAGAUGCCUCUAAUAUCAUGAGAGUAAUAUCUAUCAAGAACUACCAUCCAAAGAUCAGAAUAAUCACUCAAAUGUUGCAGUACCACAACAAGGCCCAUCUGCUAAACAUUCCCAGCUGGAACUGGAAGGAGGGUGAUGAUGCGAUCUGCCUGGCCGAGCUGAAGGCAGGCUUCAUAGCCCAGAGCUGCCUGGCACAGGGCCUGUCCACCAUGCUCGCCAACCUCUUCUCCAUGAGGUCAUAUAUCAAGAUUGAGGAGGACACAUGGCAGAAGUAUUAUCUGGAGGGAGUGGCCAAUGAAAUGUACACUGAGUACCUGUCCAGUGCCUUUGUGGGGCUUUCGUUUCCUACUGUUUGUGAGCUGUGCUAUGUGAAGCUCAAGUUGUUGUUGAUCGCUGUUGAGUACAAGUCAGAGCAGAGGGAAAGCAGAAGCAGAAAGCGUAUUCUGAUCAACCCGGGAAAUCAUGUUAAGAUGCAGGAGGGGACACUGGGAUUCUUUAUCGCCAGUGAUGCCAAAGAGGUGAAAAGAGCAUUUUUCUACUGCAAAGCAUGUCAUGAUGACAUCACAGAUCCCAAAAGGAUUAAAAAGUGUGGCUGCAAGAGAAUAAAGGAGGAAGUUAUACCGACUUUUCAAAAGCGCUCAAUCAAACUGGCCAGCAGCAUGGCUGUUCCCAACACUCUUCCCAGUGUGCUGCCGGUUAUAGAGUGCUCCACGACUGCCAUACCUCUUGUUAAUAACCGUAAAGGAAGUCUUCUCCCUCUGGCACUGCCCUCUCAGUCACGCCUCAGCCUGGCUGGUCUGAACCGGGCCCGCAGCCUACCCGGAAAAUACCGUUACCGCCCCAGCACCUUGUCCUCCACGCUCACCCCCACACACUUCGAAGAUGAGCAUCCGUCAACACUGUCGCCCAAAAAGAAGCAACGCAAUGGAGGCAUGCGAAAUUCACCCAACUGCUCACCCAAAAUGACGAGACACGACCCUCUACUCAUUCCGGGAAAUGAGCAGAUUGAGAACAUGGAUGCUAAUGUGAAAAGAUACGACUCUACUGGAAUGUUUCACUGGUGUCCGUCCAAAGAUAUCGAGAAGGUCAUUCUGACACGCAGCGAGGCCUCCAUGACGGUUUUAAGUGGACAUGUAGUAGUGUGUAUAUUUGGAGAUGUCACGUCAGCUUUAGUGGGGCUUCGAAACUUGGUGAUGCCUUUGAGAGCAAGCAACUUCCAUUACCACGAGCUAAAGCCCAUCGUGUUUGUGGGCUCAUUAGAUUAUCUGAGAAGAGAGUGGGAAACCCUUCACAACUUCCCCAAAGUCUCCAUCUUACCUGGUACGCCAUUAAGUCGAGCUGAUUUAAGGGCCGUCAACAUCAACCUCUGUGACAUGUGCGUUAUCCUGUCAGCCAAUCAGAACAAUAUCGACGAUGCUUCACUGCAGGACAAGGAAUGCAUCUUGGCGACUCUUAACAUCAAAUCUAUGCAGUUUGAUGACAGCAUUGGGGUCUUGCAGGCUAAUUCCCAAGGUUUCACACCUCCAGGGAUGGAUAGGUCAUCUCCAGAUAACAGUCCAGUGCACGGCUUAGUGCGGCAGACAUCCAUCACCACGGGAUCAAACAUCCCGAUCAUAACUGAACUUGCUAAGCCUGGCAAACUACUGCCUUUGGUUUCAUUCAGUCAGGAAAAAAACAGUGGAACCAACAUACAAAUGAUAACAGAACUGGUGAAUGACUCCAACGUUCAGUUUUUGGACCAAGACGACGACGACGACCCAGAUACGGAGCUGUAUCUGACCCAGCCGUUUGCCUGCGGUACCGCGUUCGCCAUCAGCGUGUUGGACUCCCUGAUGAGUGCGACAUACUUCAAUGAUAAUAUCCUCACCCUGAUCCGGACGCUGGUCACAGGAGGCGCCACUCCGGAGCUGGAGGGCCUGCUAGCUGAGGAGAACGCGCUGAGAGGUGGCUACAGCACGCCGCAGACGCUGGCUAACAGGGACAGGUGUCGGGUCGCCCAGCUGGCCCUCUACGAUGGGCCCUUUGCAGACUUGGGGGAUGGUGGUUGCUACGGAGACUUAUUUUGUAAAGCAUUAAAAACAUACAACAUGCUGUGCUUUGGAAUCUAUAGAUUGCGAGAUGCACAUUUAAGUUCAUCAAGCCAGUGCACAAAAAGAUAUGUCAUCACAAACCCACCUUAUGAGUUUGAGCUGGUGCCCACGGACCUGAUCUUCUGUCUGAUGCAGUUUGACCACAACGCGGGCCAGUCCCGAGCGAGCCUGUCCCACUCCUCCCAUUCCUCUCAUUCAUCCAGCAAGAAGAGCUCAUCUGUUCACUCCAUCCCCGCCACGAACCGGCAGAACCGCAGCAGCAAAGCACGUGAAGCCCGGGACAAACAGAAUGCAACAAGGAUGAAUAGAAUGGGCCCAGAAAAGAGAUGGUUUACAGAUGAAGCAGAAAACGCAUACCCAAGGAACAUUCAAAUCAAGCCCAUGAGCACUCACAUGGCCAACCAAGUCAAUCAGUACAAAUCCACUAGCAGUCUGAUUCCACCUAUCCGAGAAGUCGAAGAUGAAUGCUGAACGAAUCCCCUGCCUUUACCAUUACAGAGGGACGUGGGUCAUCCUGCUGUAAAAGACGAGCGCUAAUCGCGAAUCCAUGACUGUGAUGAUGGCGACACAUUGUUCUUGCUCGACUCGAGGGUUUGAAGCGUAUGAGAACUGGAAGGGACUUCCAAUGUGUAUACCUUUAAUUUUACUUCCAUAAUUUUAUAUAUGUAUACAUAGUGAUGUACAUAAUGACAAUCAAGUAAGGAUUGUACAGCCCCUAGCACUUUUUGAAAUUAUGUUAACAGACAAACAAAAGAAAGUACUUCCUGUGAUUCAUUGCAAUACAUUUCACCUCUGCCAUGACCUGACUCCAUGCAGAGGGCGCUAUAAUGGAGGAUGAGGGUCACCGUCGUUCACUUCAUCCAAACACUACCCAAAGAUCAGCCCUGCCGAUUGAGUUGCGUAUCCGUUGUCACUUUCGUUUUGCACUACCACAUAAUAAAUCGGGCACUGCUUGCAGAAGAGUCAAAGCUUUCCCUGGGUUCUCCUCUGAGUUUGGGGCUGACGUCACAGGCUGAGGCUGUUAACUGAAAGGUUUUGUUCAGGGAAACAAGUGCUUGUGUGACUGUAUUUGUGCAUGGUGUGUGCCGAAGGCUGCCUGAAGUAACCUGAACGUGUGGCUCAGGAAAGGAUGACCAUUUCCAUCCAUACAGACCAUUUAGGCACGUAUACAUGUGGAAAUGUUUGCUGUACCUAAUGCAAAUGGCUGUCCCCAACGUAGCUCUUCAGAAUUGGCAAUACAUUGAGGAUAUGCACUACUUCUGUUGCUGUCUUUCCAUCAUUCAUGACUGCUGGUGUGGGAAACUCUGUUAUCGAGGCUUAUAACACGUUUGUUUGCGUCUGCGACUCUGCUGUUAAUACGACUGAAUGGAACACUACUGUAACCUGCUGAUAAUUCAACAGAGAUUGAGCUUUAAUGCUGAGAAAAUGAAUAAAAUAUACAAUUGAAAAAUGCCACGUAUUGCGAAAAGUGGGCAUUAAUGGUUCCUCCUUUGGGUCUAGCCACUGCCUGACACAGGGUUGGCACAGGGGCAGAAAAGUGCUUGGAUGUUCCCUGUGACCAACAGUGAUGCCUUAAACUCAAUCAUAAUGUUUAAUUAUCAGCCAAAGAUGUAACUUGUGGAUGAUUCUUGCUGUGGUCUGAAUGGAUUUGAACGUCACUCACUUCUAUCAAGGCUACACGACUAUGUUGUACCUUUAAGUAGAACAUAUAUUGAUACAAAUGCUUCACAGACCUUUGAACUUUGCUUCAAGUGCUCUGUCAGAUUUAUACAUAAGUACAUACUUAUUUUUUAUCCAUGAGCGUAAUCAUUUUGUACUUAUUUUUAUACAUAUCAGAGAACUUUAUUUCUAAAUGUAUCUUAAAGAUAUCUUAAUAGCUACAGUGCAGAGCGGUUCAGUUUCUUCAGUUUUACCCCUGACAACACAACAUAUCGCAUAACAUCACCCGGGACACGUCAAAGAUCUGUGAACCCGAGUCAAAAGGUACAAUUUCAGCUUGCCAUCUGGAGUGCUCUUUGAUACUCACACGGGCUGCUUUGAAGGGCUUCGAGCUCUACUACUAAAAACAGCAUACAUGCUUUCAUUUUCAUAAGCUAACGGAGAUGAAAACCAAUAUUGAAUGACUGAUGACACUUUUCUGUAAUUCCAGGUAAAGCGAUGUUGAUCCUCAGACAGAGAUGAACUCAGAGAUGAGGAGGGGCUCUGCUCUUUCUGUAAUGAGUUAGAGCAAUCAUUGACCUAAAUUAGGUCUUAGUAAACAAACAAACAAAAAAAGCAUGCAGAAGUACUUGUGCAAAGAUCAUUUGAUCAGAAGCGAGCUAAUAGGCUGUAGAUGCAAGAAAAGAGACAUUAGUAUUCAUCCAUCCAUUGAGAAAAAGAAAUAAAUAAUCUGUUGUAUAAAUUCUGCCCGUUCUAGUCCACGUUCUAAAGUAAAACGAUCUUUAUUGUUUGUCUACUGGACAAUUAGGCUUUGUCCUGAAGUGAUUUUCUGAAUUGUGAUUAUAGUGGUGUUACACUUUGUAGCAAGUAGAUUUCUUGAUAAAUGAAGAAAAAAAUACAAAUGUGAGUAAACUAUGUAUAAUUGGAUUGUCUACAUACUUGCUAGCUUAAAAAAAAAAUAUUUUGAGCUAAAAAGGAAUCCAUUGGAGUUAAAUGUCCAAUUUAUUUAUUGUAUCUUCUAUGUAAGGUUCUUUUCCUGUAAUGAACUACAUUACAAAGAAAUGCCAAUGGCGCGGUCAAGACAGCAGGUUUGAUUUGAUGAGAAAAGUGGAGAUGCACGAUGAAGAAAGCAAACUAGCUCUUUCUUUUUGAAGAUUAUUAACCAUCAGGUUUUUACAUUCCAUUUUGUCAUCAGCGUUUCAAUGUUACAAUCACAUAUAGUUUAGAAUAUCAAAAUAGGUUGUUUCUUUACAGACCUUUUCGAAACAUACUCGGGUAGCAAUCCUGACAACAAAACUACAAAGAAAAGCUGGCUUAUUUAAUUUUUUUAAAUGGUCGUAGCCCUUGAUACUGUUAUUUUCUCCACUGCAACAAAUGUGCAAUGUUUUAAUAUCAUGCAAUUUAUUUGUACAUCUUGUGAAGAUACUACAGUGAACACAUAUCACAGUUUCUACUGUGCCAUGAAAUGUAUCCAUCUACUAGCAUCAGUCAGUCAUUGGUCAGUAAUACUGGAUUAAUAUCAUGGCAUCUAAUACUGGCAUGGAGAACAUCCAAGCCAUCCUUGCCUCCAUGCCAGGACAGUGCCAGGCAGUGCAGGAAGACCAGAGGAGGAACGCUGGAAGACCCACUAGAGCGAAAAGUGGCAUUCAAACGGGCAUGAUCUGCCCAUGCAAGCUGCUGAAAUCCUAGCACCUUGGUUAUAGAUACUAAAAAAGUCCAAAAUAAAAAAAGGCAACUGCAAUGACUGAAAGAUGCUGAGUUAAACUAUGAUGUUUAGUUGGAUCACCUGUCAAUGUAUUCAAGAGUGUUUUAAUUAAAGUAACGCAUAAAGCAACCGCACUGAUAUGCUAUGUAAUACACAACUGUCAUAUUUUGGCUAUUUUAUUCUACUGUAAAGGACAGAUUUAAGUUUUAGAAACUGUAUAAAGAAAAUAAACUGUAACGGAAUAAGUACCUGGAGGGAAUUAAGUCUUAACAUGCUUAACUUGCAUAUGGAUUACUGUUUUGUUGCGGUCUCUUCUUCCACUUAAAUAAAUUAUUAAAACAUUC